CCCUUUAUUUAAACUCUCUCUUUACAUUCAAACUCUAGUUGUAUGGGCAUCUACGUCGCAAGUUAAUGCACCCCCUCUCCUCUCCUCCCCUCCCCUUCACUUCUUUUUCUCUUUGAUGUUUUGAGUUUAAAAGCCUUUGAGGGGGUAGUGAAAGUGGAAGCUGGUGGGCAAAGAGAGAGAUGGGAAGAUCUCCAUGUUGUGAGAAAGUAGGGUUGAAGAAAGGGAGAUGGACGGCCGAGGAAGAUGAAAUAUUAGCAAACUACAUUAAAGCAAAUGGUGAAGGAUCCUGGAGAUCUUUGCCCAAGAAUGCAGGGUUGUUGAGGUGUGGGAAGAGUUGCAGGUUGAGAUGGAUAAAUUAUUUGAGGGCUGAUUUGAAGAGAGGGAACAUCACUGCUGAUGAGGAAGAAACCAUUGUUAAGUUUCAUAGUGCUUUGGGAAAUAGGUGGUCUUUGAUUGCAGCACAAUUGCCAGGACGAACUGACAACGAGAUUAAGAAUUACUGGAACUCUCAUUUAAGCCGGAAAAUUUACAGUUUCAGCAAGACAAUCAAAGAGACAAAACCAACUGAUCUGGAUGCAAUCAAAAGAGCGGAAGACCAUCAACGGAAGAGAAGAUGCGGGCGUACCAGUCGAUCCGCCAUGAAAAGACAAAAGCUAGCUUUGAUGUCUUUGGGUAUUUCUAAAACAGUUACCCCAAAUGCCCAAGAAAGCAGCCAUGGGGAAACCCUGGAAAUGCAUGGCUCUUGCACGCACAGCAAUGCAUCUGGGCAGCCCCAAGGCAAUUAUGAUGAGAGUGGGAGCAAUGGUGGAAUAGCAUUAAGUACUAAUUCUGGGGAAGAAAGCUCCGGUGAUGGGAUUGAAAAUGAAGUGCUGCUGGGACCAUACGAGUGGCUCGACAAUGAAAUAAAGCGUCUCAGUUGUAUCCUACAGCGAAGUCAAGGCGCGGAUCCAAUUGGGAACCAUGGGGGGGUAGCCGACAGUAUCAAUGGGGUUAUAAAAGAUACUCAAAAUGAUGCGAGAGAAAGAGAAAGCUAUGGCAUUGGGAGCUCAUCAUCCAAUACUACUGAGAUUACCGAUCAUCAUGGUGAUGAAUGGCAGAUGUGCAACUCAUCUGUUGAUUUCAUUGGUGAUUUCCAGUGGUGUGAUGAUCAUCAGUGGGAAUUAUCGUGGGAUGAUUUAGAGAAGGUAUUCUGUUGGUCAUGGGAUGAUGCCAAUGGUGAUGAUGAAGCUGGAAAGAACACUUGAGUGUUUUUUUUUUUUUUCUGGUCGAAAGAAAAAAACACGUAGUUAAUAUAACAUUAAUAUGUGUUUUUAAAAUGGUAUAAAUGCAGCAUUCGGCAAUUGGUAUAAAUGGUAAAUGAUGUUUUUAAAAUGAUUUCAUUUGUUUCAUUUCCCUAGGAAAGUUGGUUGGAAUUAUUAUAUAAAAAUAUUAUAAACAAAAAGGAAAAAUAUGUGUAGAAAUUUUGUGCACAAUUUCUAGAAUUAGGUUUGGAGAUUCCAAAUAUCUAUUUUCCUCAUCUAAAGAUUUUUUUUUCUGUCUCUUGUAAAUCCAUUCCAACUCACAGCCAACUUAGUUUUCUCUCUUAACGCUUUGUCCAGUGUUGCAAUGAUAAACCCUAGAACUUCCAUCAUUUUCUUCCUUUUUGCUUGUUAUUUUUCAAUAUAAACCCAUCAUCCCCUCAAUAUAUAUUAAAGAAAACCAAUAGAAGAAGAUAGAGAAUUUUUAUGUCAUAUUUUUCGUGAGAAGCAUGGCAGGAUUGUGCUCCUCUUGUUAUAAGGAUUAAGAAAAGCAUGUCUAAGGCAUUCAAUUGUGAGAGUGGUGCAUUGGAAUCUGAGAGUGAAGAAUGUUGUUUAUAUCACCUUGUGAAGAAAUAGAGAUACCCUACUGCUUUGUUUUAUGCUUUUCUUGCUGAUUUUAUCAUUGGUUUGAAUUUUUCUAAAGACUUGUGAUAUUUCUAGAUAUAUGUUGUUGCUUCUGAUUUGAAAGAGUUUGGGAAAAUUGAAGGAAAAAAAGAA